CUACACUGUAGGAAGUGUGCAGCUGUGUGUGCGUGUUCAGUCUCUGCUGACGUCAAGAAAGGGUAGUGUCACAUCACUAUGUCCUCUCCAGAGAUCGCCUCUCUCUCCUGGGGCCACAUGAAGGUGAAGGGAUGCUCCUCUAGUUACAAGGACUGUAAGGUCUGGCCUGGAGGCAGCCGCACGUGGGACUGGAGGGAGACUGGGACUGAUCAUUACCCAGGAGUACAGCCUGCUGAUCUGGAAGAGGUGCUGAAGAAAGGAAUAGACCUGCUGGUCAUCGGCAGAGGCAUGAGUGAAGCUCUGCAGGUUCCCUCCAACACUCUGGACUUUGUGAAGCAGAAAGGCGUCGAGGUCCGAGUCCUGCAGACAGAAAAGGCUGUCGCUGAAUACAAUAAACUGGCUGGAAAGGGUGCCAAAGUGGGCGGCGUCUUCCACUCCACCUGCUGACGUCCCCCUCGCUGCAACACAUGGGACUGCCUUUUGUUGCCCUGCCCUAAGAGACUGGUUUCAGUGAAUGAAUGGCUGAUUUAGGGUAUUUAAAUCAUCUUAAAUGCUAGUUUUGACCUAAUUUCAGCCUCGGUUCGGUGUUGUAAAGGAGAACUUCAGAAACGCUGUUUAAGUUUUUAAAUCAGUGAACCCAAAUCAGAUUUACUUUUAUCGUUGUCUAAUCAUGGAGGAAAUCCUUUAGUGAUUUUUUUUUUUUUUUUACAUGAAAAUUAAACAGACCAUAUUGUAGUGUUGUUGGUAAAAGUUAAUAAAUACACACUACAGUAUUUUCAUGGAGGUGAAAAUGUAUUUGCUUGUUUUUAAGACAAAAUAAAGUUAGAAUAUGAUUAAUCGUGUUGUGUACGUUUGUCAUCAAGAGAAACAUUUUUAUAAGAAACAAUUGUUGAGUACAAAAAAUAUUCUCACAAAUGAAAAACACUCGUGUUUCCUUCAACUUAUGCACAACAUGUUUCAAAAAUUGCUUUUUUUAUUUUUAAAGAGAAAGCAAAACUGUCACCUCUACUGGCACAGUUUCAGAUCUAUUGUUAAUAGAAAUGUGAACUAACGAGGCUAACGCUAAUUAAUGUAACAC